UUCCGUCAGCCUCUUUCUAAAUUGCUGCGGAGAGAGACCUGGACGGAAGGGCUCCUUGGUUGCUGGAAAGUGAAGGCACUGCCAUGGCGCCCAAGUCGUCGCGGGAGCGGGCAUAUAUCCGGGCCAUGAAGCGGCAGUUCAUCCCUUGUGAGGAAGGGGAGGAAGACGAGCCCGUGCCCUACACCGUGGAUCCGGCGGCCGACUCGCUGGCCUGCGGAUGGAUGCUGGAUUUCUUCUGCCUCAACCUCUGCCAGGCCUUCUGCGAAGACGACAUCGAAGAGUUCAAGCGCAACCGCAACAUUGCGGAGGCCAUUAUUCAUGGACUAUCCAAACUAACAGCACAUCAUCUAAGAACUAUAUAUGUGUGUCAGUUUUUAACAAGAAUAGUGGAAGGAAAAACACUAGAUGCACAGUUUGAAAGUGAUGCACGACUUACUCCAUUGGAAUCAGCCUUGAUGAUCUGGAAUAAAAUUAGAAAGGAAAAAGAAGCACUUCAUGACCAAAUCCAUGAUUUACUUGAAAUUCAAGCUGUUGCAGUUUGCAUGGAGAAAGCAAGCUAUAAAGAAGCCGAAGGAGUCUUUGAAAGGAUAUAUGGAGACACAGAGGAUGAUACGCCUCUAAAAAUGAAGUUGUUGAUGAUAAUCAAUAAGAAAGAUCCAUACCAUCCUUUUUUUCAACGCUUCACUUAUAAAUGCAUGAUAGACAGAGUGAAGAUUUAUGCUAAUCAAGUGUUAACUGAAAAAUCAUCAAGCUUUCUAAUGAAGGCAGCAUUAAAAGUAGUGGAAAGCAAAAAAGAUGAAGAAAUUUUUGGUCCUUUUGUUGAAAGCUCGAGUAGUGAAACAGAAAAUAGUGAAAAACAAAAUGCAAAACUGGAAUCUCCUGCAAGUUCAACAUCCGUAACCAGGUCUCAUCAAACUCUCUUAUCUUUGUCACAAAAUAAACUUGAGAACACACAGCAAGAUUCUGAUGAAACAAGAAUAAAAAUAAGGAGUCAAGGAAGUAAAAGGAUCACGCAAAGUCUUAAAAACAGUAGCAAAAGCACUAAAAACCAUAUAAUAACCACUAAAGACAGUAACAAAAACAAGGCAAACAGUGAAACAAACACUUCUGAAAGACCUAGACGAUGGAAAAGGAGGACGUGGAGUUCGGAUGAAGACAGGAAACUGAAAUUAGGGGUGAGAAAAUAUGGAGAGGGACGUUGGCAGAAAAUUCUCUCAAGUUACGCAUUCUGCAAUCGAACAAAUGUUAUGUUAAAGGACAGGUGGCGGACUUUGAAGAAGUUAGAAUUAGUUUCUUCAGACAGUGAAGACUGACUGAAUGUGUUUGUAAAAGGUGGGUUAAAUGAGGAAAAACAUCUGGAUCAAUUGGUUGGUUUAAAAUAUUGGCAGUUAAUGUAUUUUGAAAUUUUUAAAUGUUUUGGUGUGAUAGUAUAUUUUUCUGUGUAACGAAGUCAUUGGACAGGCUUCUUAGUACUUUGUCUUUUUUGAACCAUGCCACAUACUUAUUAUCAUUCUGCUCAGUUUGAUAUAGAAUAGUCUGGAAAAAAAAUCUGCCAAACAAAAUUUGAAUGUUUUGAGUCGAACAGUAAUGUUCUGCUAAGAUACAGUUGCUUGACUUUAUGGCGUCAGUGUGUCACUUACUUUCAAAGCCUCAUUGAUAAAAUCAUAAAUCUACAGUGUUAUUUCUGUGCAUUGUAUGUUUUCAUAAUAGGAGAGAGGUUGUUAUUUCAUACCUGAAAUAACAUAAUAUUGGCUAAUAAAUUUUCUUACAUGACAGAUUGUUUUGAGUUUGUUCUGAUAGACUUUUAAGUUAAAUGUUAAGCUUGACUUUUGUAGUAUAUAUGAAAACAUACAUCAUAAAUAUCUAGUUCUGUGAUUUUAUUUAACAUAGUACCAACAAAAUGUAUUAAUUGUACUAGAAACACUUGAACUCUGAUAGAUCAAAUUAGCAAUUUUAAUAUCACUUAGGUAAAAAUUGAUUAGAAUAGCUCUUGGAAUCAUCACUGUUUGUUUUGUUCAUCUCAGGCAUUUUGUUCUUAAUGUCUUGGUCGAGGAACAUAUAGAAUUACUUAAUUGUAUGCAUGAAUGCAUCCCGUUAGUUGGACUAGCAGGAAUGUUUUUCUUUGUUAAAUUAUCAAACCAGGAAGAAAGUAACAUGGCAGAUUUAUUUAUGAUAACUCUAGAAUUGCCUUGCAAGUAUUAGAAAUUGGAGUUUGUAGACUGAAUAUAAGAAAGCAUAAGAAUAGUUGUGUCUUUGUCUUUUCCAUUUUCUAUUUAAAGACUCAGUCUACCCUUUUGCUGUUGAAAUUGUGUAUUACUAAAUAAAAAAACUCAAAUCCUCA